GGCUGUGCCUGCCCCAAGAAUUGUCAGUCGCAGCCAGCGCAGCGUUGUUUCAGGAUGGCCGUUCUGAGGCUCUUGCUCCUGGUCAGCCUGUUCUUUCAGCCCUCGUAUGAAGGCAAUAAACGCUAUUGUCACCUCUUCUCAAAAGACUGCCCGACUACUUAUUGCAUUAAAAAAACCGUCCAUCCCACUGAGAACAAGAACCGAUUCUCAUUCACCCUUCCCAUUGAAGACACGAGCCAAAUCUUAUACGUCAGACCGGAGGUGAAUCAAACCUCCAAAUUGCUUCUGAUAUUUGGAGGAGAAUCAAAGUCGACCAACCUCACGGCGGAACUCCGUAUCUACUUGUGGAAGGGCGACGUCAUGUUCUGUGCCGAAGCUCUUGGAAACAGGAAAUGCUACAACCAUCCAGACUAUUUUGAAAUACAGACUAACGAUACUGUGUUCUUUAGUAUUGUCUGUAAAACUGCUUCCCACACGAGCGGUCCGCCGAAAGACGUCAUCACUGCCUCCAGCAGCCCCAGCAGCGUCUCGGCAGUCGAUGUUGAUAUAAACAGUAAGACUUUCCAUACUAUGUGCGCCAGAUUAAAGUAUGUUGCGUAGACCGGCCAAAGGUAUCUUUUGUAUUUCAUCUGACUUCUGGUGAUGGCGAAAAUCAACCAUUGUUUUACGAAACCGCGCCAUCACCGUAAACAGCUGCGUGGCCUCCCACAUGCGUCGCAUGGGUUGAGACUUCGCGAAGGAGAUCGCGUUCCUUCCCUCUCUCUUGGGUUUGGGCCCAGAAUGGCGUCAGGGGAAUUUCCAACCGAGGUUCAACAGUGUAAAAAUGUUGAAACUAAUAAUACAAACUUUUUUUUUUACGGAAUGACAUCUUUAUUGAGGCUGAUGAAUGCACACGGUCCCCAAGUCGUACUGUUUCUUUUAGAAGUUUGAGGGUGUUGUUUGAUCAGAAAACUUUGACAAAGAGUAGUAUUAUCCGUUCAUUAUUCCAGAGGUAACUUUUUUUCUUUUUAAUCGCCCAGUGUUUGGGAUGUUUGACGCCUUCGUGUCUAGAAGGGGCCAAUCCCAGCCCUCCAACAUUUAAGAGCUUCCAAGUUCGUCGGCAUUGUAAGUUCGACAGUUCUUUCCCCGUAGAUCUACAAUUUCCAUCCAGAUUUCAGAUUUUCAGGUUCCAAGUCUUCAGAUUUUGGCAAGGUUUCAUUCUAGAUCGCCGCCAAAAGAAAAAUAUCCCCGUCCAGGUAGGCGAGCACAUAUAUAUCUCUGUAAGUCGCGACGGUGAUCUUAGUGAAUUUACUUCGAACUGCUAUUGACAUAAAAUGAACUGCAUUCUGACUGACAUAUUUUUCUCACAGGCUUACCCAGCAGAUUUCCGAAAAGAUUCGUUUCAGGCUCUCAUUCGCCAGCACCUCCUAGGCUCUGAGCCACCUUGACUCCUAGAUCUGCUGUGUGAAGCCCAACGCCCGUGGCAGUGGAGCUUCACCUCAAUGUCUCCUGCAGCCAAGACGAGACCGCGGUGGGUAGCGUCAGAAAAUCGCGCUGACCUGUGCUGACCUUUGACCCGAAUUUCAUGCUCAGCGUCGGCAUAUGCAGAUAGUUCAUCUUCAACGACUUUCAACGCUUUGGUGUUGAAAAAACUGAGACUAUAUCCUGGCGGGCCCGGACGAAGACUGGUGCAGAAUGCAGUCGCCGGCACAAGGAGCAGCGCACGGCCAUCCCGCACGAGGCAGUCACGUGGCGGAAAGGCCUGUGUGAAAGGUUCGGAAACGGAGACCCUGUCAGGAACCACCACGUGACGUCACAAAUAGAUGCUCCCGAGAUGGUUACCACAUGUGGAAGACUCCACACACUAUUCCCCCGUACGAUGUCCUUGCCGACUGGCUUUGUUAGGAACAUCUGGAGGGUUUUUUUCCACUCAUCGGCCAAAGGUUGUUUCGAGGUGACUGGAACCUGCGACACAACGAAGGUUCCCGCCACCUCCUCGCUACCGUCGCCGUGGAGUUUUUUUUCUCCCUGUCCAGCGGCCAGAUCGGCACUGACAUGAGCCGAUUCAUCGUUGCCAUGUUUACUUAAUGACGAGGCAUAUCUCGUGUGUGGUCUUCGGUUACAUGCGCUGCUAUAACGUUGCCAAGUAUGGAUCAUUUGCCAUCAAGCUUUAAGCAACUGACAAUAAAUCUCGAGUUCACACA